AUGGGUCCGGGCAAAGGAGCCGCCGGUGGCCAGUCGCUGUGGGACAACAUGCGGCUGCGCUUCAUCGUAUGUUUCCUUGGCGUCUUCGUGUGUUAUUUCUAUUACGGGAUUUUACAAGAAACAAUUACAAGAGGUGAUUAUGGCCAUGGCGACAAAAAAGAGAAGUUCCGAUUUGCCAGGACUUUGGUGUUCAUCCAGUGCAUCAUCAACGCGCUCUUUGCCAGGAUGUUGAUUCAAUUUUUAGAAGGCCCAAAACCGGACCAAACCAGGAGUUGGCUGUACGGGCUUUGUUCCCUCUCCUAUGUCGGAGCUAUGGUGUCGAGUAACUCUGCCCUACAGUAUGUCAACUACCCCACACAGGUUUUGGGAAAAUCCUGCAAGCCAAUCCCAGUGAUGAUCUUGGGGGUGACCAUCCUGAGGAAGCGCUACCCGAUGGCAAAGUACUUGUGUGUGCUUCUGAUUGUGACCGGCGUGGCGCUUUUUUUGUACAAGCCCAAAAAGAGCUCAGCGGUAGUGGACGACCAUGUUUUUGGCUUUGGGGAGAUCCUGUUGUUAGUGUCUCUGACGCUGGACGGCUUGACGGGUGUGGCCCAGGACCACAUGAGGUCUCGAUUCCAAACCAGUGCCAACCACAUGAUGCUCAACAUCAACUUGUGGUCCACUGUGCUCUUGGGACUAGCUGUGCUGUGGACUGGUGAGGUGUGGGAGUUUCUGAGUUUUACCGAACGCUAUCCGAGCAUCUUGUACAACAUCUUGCUCUUUGGAUUAACCAGUGCGUUGGGCCAGACGUUCAUCUUUAUGACGGUGGUUUACUUUGGACCACUGACCUGCUCCAUCGUCACCACCACAAGGAAAUUUUUCACCAUCCUUGGCUCUGUCCUUCUCUUUGGGAACCAAAUGAGUAACAUGCAGUGGUUUGGUACCAUCCUGGUAUUCCUUGGCCUCGGAUUGGAUGCUAAAUUUGGCAAGGGACCCAGAAAGACGCAACGUUAA